AUGUGGAAAAAGCUUAAGGUGUUGGGAGCUGGUUCUUACGGAACUGUGUCUCUUGCAACGCCGUUACCACAAUACUAUUCGGGAAUUGCAAUAUAUGGAGCUGUUAAAUCAGCUGAAGUUGCUCAUUCGUCUUCGCUCCGAGUAGAAGGAAAAAUAUUGGAUGAGUUGAAAGGUUCUGAUUAUGUAGUUGAAUGUAUCGGAGAAGAUGUGAGCAUAGAAAACGAUAAGCACACUUAUAACCUCAUGCUUGAGUAUGCGGCCGGUGGAACUUUGCAUGAUUUAAUUCAUAACCCGUUGAAUUUGAUUAUGGGGGAAUCAGAGGCUGCUUACUAUAGUUUUCAAAUCUUAACCGGAAUUUCUCAUAUUCAUCAUUUGAAGUUGGCUGAUUUUGGAUUGUCGUUGAGAACAGCUGAAUCACUUACAUAUAGGGCAGAACGUUCGAAGAAUAGUAACUAUCAUAGCCAUAGAGGAACUCUGAUAUACGCAGCCCCUGAAUGUUUAGUGUAUGGGAUUCACGGUAGAGCCGUUGAUAUUUGGGCACUUGGCUGCAUUGUGGUGGAGAUGCUUACUGGGAAGCGGUUAUGGCCUGUACAUAAAAACAAGGAUGAAUUAAUGUUCAUGAUUGCGCAUCAAAAACCAGAGAUUCCAAAAAAUAUAUCAGAUGAAGCGAAGGACUUUUUAAGCAAGUGUUUGGAAAAGGAUAACUGUUUGAGAUAUAGUGCUGAUUUGUUGCUUGAUCAUCCAUUCAUCAAGAACAGUUGUUAUAAGAAGCUGAUGGAAGAUCGAUUAAUGUAUCCUUAUGUUCGUCUAGGAUGCAGAGAUUGGGUUUCUUCAGAGCACUUGUUUUCAACAAUCAGUCCUCGUGACUGCAACUUGAGAGGAUCAAUGUCUGCUAUGUAA